ACAGCGGGCACCGAGUCGUCUGGCAAGACUGCGGGCACCGAGUCGUCUGGCAAGACUGCGGGCACCGAGUCGUCUGGCAAGACUGCGGGCACCGAGUCGUCUGGCAAGACUGCGGGUACCGAGUCGACUGGCGGAACAGCGGGCACCGAGUCGUCUGGCAAGACAGUGGGCUCCGAGUCAACAGGCACGACAGUGGGCACCGGGUCAUCAGGUAUCGGAUUGUCUGGCUCGACAGCGGGCAUCGGGUCACCAGGCAUCAGGUCAUUUGGCUUGCCAGCGGGCACCGCGUCAUCUGGCAAGGCAGUGGGCACCGGGUCACCAGGUAUGACAGCGGGCUCUGAGUCAAUUGGCACGACAGCGGGCACUGGAUCAAGUACCGGAUCAUCUGGAUCAACAGCGGGCAUCGAGUCAACUGGC